AUAAUAAAUAGGAGUCGCAGGUUGCGGUCGGAGGGAGUGGAGAAAUUGAAGGAGUGGUUGUUCAAAAGUUGGUUUCAGUUAAAGCUUCGGUCUUUUCUUCUCCCCCUUCAAUUCAACUUUUUUUUACAGCCAUUCUGCUAAGUAGGGAGAUUUGGCGUUUUCUUUUUGGGGUGAAAAUGGGGAAAACUGCGAGAUGGUUGAGGGGUUUGCUGGGGAUGAAGAAAGACAAGGAGAGUGUGGGGAAGUUUUCGAGUUUUUCCGAUAAGAAAGAGAAGAAAAGAUGGAGUCUUGGCGGGGUAAGUAAAGAUUCGGGAGGUUUGGGGGCGGCGGAUUCACUUUUGCUCAGAUCAUCGUUCGUUGCUGACUCAGAAAAGGAACAACAAAACAGCCACGCCAUUGCGGUGGCUGCCGCCACCGCCGCCGCGGCUGAUGCUGCCGUGGCGGCGGCGCAGGCGGCCGUGGCGGUGGUCCGGCUCACCAGCCGGGGCAGGGGUGCUCUGUUCGUUACGCAGCGGGAGAAGUGGGCGGCCGUGAAAAUUCAAUCUGUUUUCAGGGGGUAUUUGGCCAGAAAAGCGCUGAGAGCUCUGAGAGGACUAGUGAAGCUACAGGCUCAUGUUAGGGGAUACCUCGUUAGAAAAAGAGCAGCCGCCACUCUUCACAGCAUGCAAGCUCUCAUCAGAGCUCAGGCCGCCGUCCGAUCUCAAAGAUUCCGCGGGAACCCCAGAUUCCAAGCCGAAACCCGAGCUAGGAAGUUUCCCGAGAGGUAUGAUGAAUGCAGGAGUGCAGUACAGAGCAAGAGGCUCUCAGCAUCAUACGAAUCAUCCCUCAACGGGAUGGACGAUAGCCCUAAAAUCGUGGAAAUCGACACCUACAAGCUGAGAUCAAUGUCCCGUAGAAUCAACAGCGCAGCCAUUUCCGGGAACGAGUCAGACUGGAGUUUCGUGGGCGAAGAGUGGAAGUUCCCGACGGCCCAAAGCACUCCCCGCGGCGGCGCUCCGGCGAGGAGCAUAUGCGGCGACACCUUCUUCCGGCCAUACUCAAACUUUCCGGGCUACAUGGAGAAAACGCAGUCGUUCCGGGCGAAGCAGAGAUCGGUGAGCGCUCCGAAGCAGAGACCGGAGGCGGGUAGAAGGAGGGUUUCGCUUGGGGAUAUUAUGGCGUCUAGAAUUAGCUCCAGCGGCGGUAGAAUGCAGCGGUCUUGUUCUCAGGUUCAAAAACACCAUGCUUUCUGAUGAUCCAUUGCACAGUAAUGUAUAGAGAUUUUAAUUUACACAGAGGUUUUAUUUUUGCAUA